AUGACUUCGCCGUCGCCCUCCCCCUUGCUCGAAGAUCUCAACUCAGACGCCGUAUCGCUUCAAACGACUAGCCGCCUUGAGUCUGGUCUGAGACGCGAUGAAUUGGCCUUCGCAUGGAGGCCCAGGCGAGAGUUGAACUUGCUGGGCUGUUGGGAGACAGUCGUUCCUGCAGCGAUACGAUUUCCAACUCGCCAGGUCUUCAGGCCAGCACGCAGCAUCCACCAGGCGGCGACGGGCCUCAUCCGCGACCAUGCCGUUCUUGCCGCUCUCGCGCCGGACGAGAGCCAGCUUGCCGAGCUCGAAAACAUCUCCGCAGCAGUAGUCUCCGCUACGUCGACAUACGAUGCUGCCGUUGGCCACCUACUGUCCCUCGGUUGGAUCUCCUGCGAAGGCCCUUGCGACCACCAACCGCUCCGGGUACUCGCGCUGCCGACCGGUGAGCUGGGCAAUAUACUCUGCCUACACGUGCUGACCACGGAGCACCAUGGCUGGGGACUCGACAAGAGCAUAUGGCUGGAGGGCCCUUCAAUGAGAAAUGGAGAGAGCGGAUACUGGAAUGAGGAGGCGGCACCUAUUCAACAAGUGUGCUUUGCUCAGUCCGAAGACCGGCAUUCCUUUCUGGCCGUACGGCUUCCGCGGCGGACAGUUCUGUUCCAUCCUGUCUGCGGCCAUGUACGCAAGCCCGUCGGGGCGUCUGACCACUUUGCGCUCCCGCCCUCCCCCAUAGCUGCACGCCCAAUUGGGCACAUUGCAAUGGAACAGACGGGAGGUACGCCCCACGCCGACGUCGCUUUCAACCCGCACAAUCAGCGUCAGUUUGGCCUUGUGGACCAGCGGGGAAACUGGUCUGUCUGGCACGUCCACGACGGCGAUGAAGAGGGCCAAUACACGUUGACAUGUAACAGCCAGCACAGGUGCACUUCCACGGAGGAUGAAGCCAUUUCGACGCCUAGUCCAGUAGAGGAUGGUUGGGCACGCAUCUUGUGGCUCACUAAGGAGACGAUCGCGGUGUAUGACAGGCGACAGAUUGCCGUCUUCGAUGUGGAGUCAAGCCUGAUACAGCUCGAAAGCCCGAGGCUGAUCGCAGAGAACUCGUCUGACUGGAUCCUGGAUGUUAAGAAGCACCCAAAAAAUAAACGCCAAUGCUACGUGUUGACGUCGUCGCGACUUUUCUUACUCAACGUAUAUGGUAUCAACGAGGCAGCUGACGCCGGUUACACCGCGGCGGGAGCUACUACCCUUGACUCAUGGUGCCAUUUCCGGUCUCCGGAGGACAUUACACUACAGCUCAGCGUCCAUUCAACCCACCAAGAAUUCCUCGUCUUCGUUCACUCGCGCCUGAACGCCCUCGUCACGACUUUUCGCUUCGAAUAUCAUGCUUCCAAGCCCGCACGGUCAAUUUUGAGCUCCGAUCCGACUCUCCUACGUCUGGAUGGCUUGGACCCGGAAAAUGGGCAGCAGCGCAUCAUCCAAUUUCAUCUAGAACCGCUCUACUUCGGCGCAAAUGUUGGUGAAGAUCCAGUAUCGGGGCCAGGGCAAGCAUACUCGAAGAGUGGUAUUGAGUUCUAUCAACUUUCCGCGCUGCUCUCCGAUCUCACCGUCCGUCAGGUGAUGCUGUACUCGCUGUCGCGUUAUUCCAACCGGGAGCACGACUUUCCCUUGUUCGUUGAGCCCACUUCCUGGACCGAGAUCAUCCGCAGCCAGCCCGAGGCGGAAGUGGUGGACGACUUCAUCGUCCCGGAUAUGUUGGGUGAUACAGCAAUCCGGAAUCUGGAGAGGAGCCGAUAUGACCUAUCCGAGCCCGUCGAGCGGCAACGCCGACGAGCCCCACAAGAUUCUGUCGACUAUCGCUUUCUUUACGAUGCUCUGCUCGUAAAUAAAGUCUCGUCAAUCGUUGAAGAUACACUUUUUCCAGAACCGGUGGACAUGUCCGCUGUGGUCGCAGAGGCGAGGCAGCUGUUGGUAGAAGAAAAAGGCCCAGUGGACGUUCCUCUAGGAACACUGCUAGAUUUUGCCGGGCUCGACAUAAGUCUGUCUGACGUCGAUGAGACCUCAUCGAAGCUGCAGGAUCUGUUGCCCCUGGAAGAUGAACGAGAAAGGCUGCAGCUACAGCGUAUUGCGUGUGCUCAUGUUCUUAACUUGGCGGACGGACUUGCAGAAGAGCUGCCUACCGUGUCGUCCCUCUACGACACCCUGCUUCAGAACUGGAUCAUGCCGCUGCCGACAGAGGUCCCGAUCCGAGCUCGCCAGAGUAAAGAACGCCUUUCUCGACGUAUCGCAGCGGAAGCCGUGCUAGCUAGCCUCCGCAUACGUCGUCCACGGGCGAGUCAGGAACCAAGUGGCUCUGAGCCUGCCUCAAGCCGCAGCAGCGUUUCUCUGUCGAAUACGUCUUUCCCUCCUCCAGGAUCUGCCCGUGUGCUGUCUUCACUUCCACCCCGUACGAGCAAGGCGUUUUCGCCGACACCCUCUCCGGCAAUUACUCCGGGAUAUAAUCCGCUCAGUAGCCUGAGCGAACACCUGCUAAUGGGCCAACCGCAACCAAUCACCGUAGCGGCUAGUAUCAACGAAGUUCUGAUGCACUGGCAGCCUGGAGCGGAUCCUGCUACCUACGAUUGGGAGGCAACCGAGAGCAAUCUGCAAGAUGAGUGGGAAGAAGACCGAGAAGCAAGCCAGGUAUUGCGUGACAAGGCGAGAAGAAAGAAGCAGCGGCAGGAGAAGAGGCAGGAAAGAGAAGAGGAGCUUUUCAGAGGCAUGGCAGCGACACAGCCACAGCCGCAGCCGCCGACUUUGAGAAGUUCACCAGGGCCAACGCUUCAUGCGACUAGUAGCCAAGCGGCCCCGCAGAGUCAGAGCCAGCCUUUUGGCGGAUUUAUCGUGCAAAGCCAGGUUGAGCCAGUCCUUCCUACUCCUGCUUCCAUUUCAAAACCACCCCAUCGAUCAAUUGCAGCCAGCAAGAUGUCAGGUUUCCCAAGCCUACAACCCGCGUUCACUGUGCGCGUAGAUAUCGACGCGCCAAUGGCCGUAGGCGCACAAGCGGGAAGACAAUUAGCUAUUGUGCCAAUGGUCAGCGGGACCGUAAAGAGUGAGCCGGGUUUCGAGCCAGCGCUUGACGCCGAGCUACAUGGCGUCGGCUACGACUACAUCCACAACGACGCCGAUGACGGUAAUAUGCGUCUCGAUGUGCGCUCGCAGGUCAAGAAUAACGACGGCACCAUCUUUGCGAUGUAUUACAAAGGCACUGUCGCUCUCACCGCGGGCGUCAAAGCCGUCCUGGGAGGUACGCCGGACGCCAAAACUACGGACUAUGGCGACUCUUUUGUCACGUUCAACUUCGAGACGGGAUCGGCGAAGUACAAGGAGCUGGAGAAUGGGACGUAUGUGGCUGCGGGCCAUUUUGUCAAAGAGUCGGGCCAAGGCACGGUUGUGGAGUACAAGGUCGUCGUCCGGAUUGCCUACCCGCGCGAGAAGUUCCCGACGGACUCCGAGCCAGAAUUGGAGACAGCAAUCAGCUCCGUUAGCUUCGUGCACGCGUCGAACGAUGGGGAACGACGGGAUGAAGCGAAAGAACGCUGA